GCGAUCCUUUCCGGCGCUGCCUCCUUCCGCUCACGGCCGUGCGCAGGCGCACGGACUGCUCGACCCUGCUGCCCGGGAGUUCACGGCCCCAGCAUCGGGGUGCUCCGGUGAUCUGUCUUUUCCCCUCCUCCCUUAAGCCUUGCAGCCUGAGUGUGGCCCGAGAUUUCAUCGCUACGGGGCGGGAGCCAACGCCUCUUUCUUCUCGCCCUUCAGUGGAGACGCCGUCGCUUCGGGCCAGGGCCCAGAACGCCCCCCAUGGCGGGGCCGCGGGUGGAGGUGGAUGGAGGGAUCCUGGAGGGAGGCGGCCAGAUCCUCAGGGUCUCCACGGCCCUGAGCUGUCUCCUGGGCCUCCCCUUGCGGGUGCAGAAGAUCCGCGCGGGCCGCAGUACCCCGGGCCUGAGGCCUCAACAUUUAUCUGGACUGGAAAUGAUUCGAGAUUUGUGUGACGGGAGACUGGAGGGGGCAGAAAUUGGCUCAACAGAAAUAACCUUUAUACCAGAGAAGAUCAAAGGUGGAGUCCACACAGCAGAUACCAAGACAGCAGGGAGUGUAUGCCUCUUGAUGCAGGCUUCAAUGCCCUGUGUUCUCUUUGCGGCUGCUCCCUCGGAACUUUGUUUGAAGGGUGGAACUAAUGCUGAGAUGGCACCACAGAUUGACUACACGGUGCUGGUCUUCAAGCCAAUCAUUGAAAAAUUUGGUUUCAAAUUUAAUUGUGACAUUAAAAUGAGGGGCUAUUACCCAAAAGGGGGUGGUGAAGUAAUCGUUCAGAUGUCACCAGUUAAACAGUUGAACCCAAUAAAUUUAACUGAUCGUGGCUCUGUGACUAAGAUAUAUGGAAGAGCUUUUGUUGCUGGUGUUUUGCCAUUUAAAGUAGCAAAAGAUAUGGUGGCAGCAGCUGUACGAUGCAUCAGAAAGGAGAUCAGGGACCUAUAUGUGAGCAUUCAGCCUGUUCAGGAACCCAAGGACCAAGCAUUUGGCAAUGGAAAUGGAAUAAUCAUUAUUGCUGAGACAUCUACUGGCUGUUUGUUUGCUGGAUCAUCACUUGGUAAACGAGGUGUUAAUGCAGACAAGGUUGGAAUUGAAGCUGCUGAAAUGCUAUUAGCAAAUCUUAGACAUGGUGGUACUGUGGAUGAGUAUCUGCAAGACCAGCUGAUUGUUUUCAUGGCAUUAGCCAAUGGAGUUUCCAGAAUAAAAACAGGACCAGUUACACUCCAUACACAAACAGCUAUACAUUUUGCUGAGCAACUAGCAAAGGCUAAAUUUACUGUGAAGAAAUCAGAAGAUGAAGAAGAUGCCUCUAAAGACACUUACAUUAUUGAGUGCCAAGGAAUUGGGAUGACAAAUCCAAAUAUAUAGGAACCGGGGAUCGAACUCAGGACCUUGUGCUUGUGAGCUAAAUCCCCAGCCUGUACACAGUUGUUUUUUAUUCUUACUAUUAUCGAGUUUUGGCUUUUUAUUUUGUUUUGUUUACAAUUCUAGGGAUUGAACCCAGGGCCUUGAACAUGCUAGGCAAGUGCUUUACCACCGAACUCUGUCCCCAGCUCCAUUUUCAAGUAUUAUGUGCUGUACAUAGCUGUGUGUUCUGUUAUUAUAUGACUGGCGCAGGAUAGUAUGUUUGCACUAGUAUCAGCUCAGAUGUGAGCACUGUAUAAUGCUUUGAUGUUAUGAUGGACACAGUGUCACUAGGCAAUAGGAAUUUUUCAGAUCUGUUAUAAUCUUAUGGGGCUACUGUUGUGUAUACAGUCUUUCAAUGAUAAAGACAUCUGGUGCAUAAUUGCAUUGUUAAAUUGUUCUAAUUUAAUAUCAUUGCUAACUUUAUCAGAGGUGUAUAUGCAUAGGAAAAAAUGUACAUAUAGAGUUUGGUACUAUCUGCAGUUUCAGGCAUCCACUGGGAGUCAUGUAACAUAGUCCCUGUGGAUAAGGGGGGACUAUUGUGUAGUUAUAAUCUCUGGUGAAACUGCAUGUAAAGUAUGAGACAACUUUACACAAAAUAUACUUGAUUGUAUCAGUAAUAACACAUAAUAGGCGAUGUUUUAUUCUAUGUACUUUGCACCUAAUGGACACUUAGUAAAUACUGAAUUUCAAUCUAUUGAAUAUAUUUUGAAAGCUGACAAUUAGAGUUGCAAAAUUUUAACCCUAGUAGGUUUGGUCAAAUUUGGCUCCAGAUAUGUUGCUUGCCUUGUAGCAUUAAAAAGUAAUUGCCUUUAUGACUGUGUUUUCAUUACUCUGUUAUUUACAACUAGCCUGCUGCCACAUUUAGGUUACUUUCUGGUCACCUGUAGGUGACUCAAAUGAAACCAGUUUGAUAUAUCAGUAUACUGUACUGUAAUAUGGGAGGAACUCUAAAAUUCCGGUCUGUUUUGGCCUUUAUCUGGUGAUAAUUAAAACAUAAUCUAAGAUUAAAUCCAGAGGGUGGUAUUAUAACAUUCAGAAAGUUCUGAAUUCGUAUAGAAUACUAUAAUGAAAAAAAUUAAUCCAUGUACAUAGACACUAUUUUUUAUUAACGAUUUUUUAUGGCCUUGUAAAGUUUAAUUUACUUUAAAUACAGUGAUGGAAUAUUGCUUGUUAUUUAGAUUUUUACAAAAUGGUAAGUUUUAUAAAUUGUUGACUUUUUUUAAAAGAUAGCUUUGUAUUUUUAGCACAAAAAUCUUUUAGAGUAAAACUACACUUUUAAUGUAGUUGUUGGAGGGGUUGUGAUAAAUUCGAGGGUCUCCUUGAGCUGUGGUCCCUGCUGUUUCUGAUAUAUUGUGCUGGCAGUGUUCAAGCGGUGGCUGGAGUGCAGAGACUGGGGAGUUGAGAGUAAGAGAUUGAAGUUCAGCUAUUGUAUGUGGUGAAUUCAUGAAUAAGCUUGGCCGUUACUGUUCCUGGAUCUCAGUUUAGGUAAAUCAAAGACAGAUAACUUGCAAGGACAAUUUUAUAAGUCCUACAAAGUGUCUUGAAUUUCUAUUUUUAAAAGCAGUUCAAUUUCUAUUUUCCAUUUAUGUACAAAAUUCUAUUUCAGCAUGCUUGUUUAUUCUAGACCAAGAAAUGCAAAUAAUACUGUUGAUUUGACAUUCUGUACAACAGAGUAAAAUAUUUGUUAAACAAGUGCCUCACAGAGUACCAUGACAAGUUUCCCAAAGCCUUGCUGUGUGUUUCAGUUUCCAGGCAUUGGUAGUCUUAAUUUAGGCAACUGAUUUUUAAAUUUCUCUGCUUAAAUAUGUACUUUCUGCUCAAAUUGAGUCCCCUAAAGUCAAGGUAGGGCUGUAUAGGUCCCAGGUUUUAGCUCCUCUUUUACAAUUGCUCUUUUCCUCUCUGCAGAAGAAAAGUUUAUUUUUCACCUGUUCUAAUCUUGUUCUGGUACAUUUCCCAUAGUACAGGAAAAUUUCUAAAACACUAUUAAAUAAAGGAACAGUUUGAUACAGUCUCUGAAAGCCUAUUCAGUGAUUCGAGCUUCCAUCUUAUUUUUAUAUUUUGCAUGAUUUUAAAUAAGAGAAAGCUUCAGUGUUAACUAUCAACAGUCAACAUCGCAUCUUUAAAUAAAACUUUUUCCUGAUUAUUAGAAGAAACAUUUUCAUUAACUUUGCCAAAAAGCUAGUAGAAUGUUUAAGUCCUUUAUUUUAACUUUGAAAAUUUACUGCUUAUUAAUAUGAAUUUUUAAUUCUUUGCUUUUUAUUUAUCCCUACCAUGUGGAGUAAGUUAUAGAUUCUAAAAUCUGUAUUGUUAAUAUCAUGUAAAUAAUGCACACAAAUAAUGUUUAUUAUUAGGUCUCAUACUUAAUAACCUUUUCGCUGUUGAUUUCCUUUGAACUGUUUGUCAUUCCAGCAGUUAACAGUUUUUAUCCCAUGAUAUAUCAUGUAAUUUUCAAAAAGACAUUUCAUUGACACAUUACCAAUAAACUUUUACAUUUCUUUCAA